GCCUUUGCGAUCCCCCCAAUCUUCUUCUCCUCCUGCUAUAUUUGACCGCCUUCCCUCUCAUCCCGGGGGAAAUUUUUGCCCCGAAGCGCUUCAUAUCCAUUCAAGGGGGCAAAAUUUUCUCUCGCGUCGUACCGCUGAAGGGAACCGCCGCGCCACCCGCCAAGGCUUAAACAUGUCGAUGGAGGCUGGCCGCACAAUCCCCAAGUUCGGCGCCUGGGACGUGAACAACCCGGCCUCCGCCGAUGGGUUCACUGUUAUCUUCAGCAAGGCCAGGGACGAUAAGAAGGCCCCCGUCAACGCGCACAAGGCCAACAGGUCCGCCGACAGCAAGGACGCCAGGCCCGACACCAAGAUGAACACCUACAACAACUCCAGGGCCAACACUUCGAAGAAAUGGUUCUGCUGCGUGUCGCCGAGCCCCACGCAGCCUUGAGCCAGGAGGAGAGGAGGUGAUGGAGCGGAGUGUCGUGCGAACGCGAACGCGAUGGGGGAUGGAGGAGAGGAGUGUCAAUGCCGCUGCUUCGUUUAUAAACAAACGUACUACUACCGUACAUACACAAAAACUUCGCCACUUCGGGGAUGAGAUGAGAUGAGACGAUGUUGAUGUAAUUUUGUGAUGGUCGUACAUGUAUGACUUCCGCA